AUGUCCUCUUCUUCCGUUAUUCAUGAAUCAUCAACAUCAGCAACACCCAUUCGAGUAUGCGUUACCGGAGCUACAGGCUUUAUCGCUUCUCAUAUUGUUUAUCAACUAUUACGAAAGGGAUAUAUUGUUCACGCUACAGUGAGAUCAGUAGAGAAGGGAAGAAGAGAAAUUAUAAAUAAUAUCAGAGAUUAUGAGAGCAAGAAUUCUGAACUUGGGAAAUUGGAUCAAAAACUUUUAGAGGAAAGACUGAUUUGUUUUGAAGCUGAUUUAUUGAAAGAAGGAAGCUUCAAGAAUGCCAUUGAGGGAUGUCGUUUUGUUCAUCACACUGCUUCACCAUUUAAGGUGCAUGUACAAAAUGCAAAAACAGAUUUGGUAGAUCCUGCAGUGAAAGGAACUUUGAAUGUGUUGCAAGAAUGUGUAAAAUUGAGAAAGUCUCAAAGAAAUGACGAUCCAUCUCGAUUUCAAAGAAUUAUUUUAACGAGUUCCAUAGCUUCAAUUACUGAUAGUGCAAAACCAAACAAGGUUUACAAUGAGAAGGACUGGAAUGAAGAGUCCUCUCUCACCUAUAACCCAUACUUGUAUUCAAAGGUGAUGGCUGAGAAGGCUGCUUGGCAAUAUUUACAAAAAGCACAAUUAGAACACGGAAACGAAUUUAUUGAACUAGUAACACUCUGCCCUGCUGUAGUUAUUGGCCCUCCAAUGAAUCCAAGACUGAUUAGUCAGAGUCAUGAAAGUAUCAUGUUAAUGGCUCGAGGAGAAUUCCCAGUGAUUUUGCCUUUGGAUUUUCCAUUUGUUGAUGUUCGUGACGUUGCAAAGGCACAUGUCAUGGCCAUGGAACACAAUAUGAACGAUAGAUCGUGUUUUGCACCUUACAAAGUUGAAAGAUUUAUUAUUUCUAAUGGAGAGACAACAUCGAUGAAGGAUUUGGUCAAGCAAAUGAGAGAAGCUAAAGUUCCUCCUUAUAAGUGGGCUAAGAAUUUACCAACAAUUUCUCUUUAUGGAUAUAUUGGAAUUGGAGUUGGUAGAUUGGCAGCUUUACUGCAACCAAAAGGUUUGAGACAAUAUUUAACAAGUAUUCUUGGAAAACCAUUGUACUUUGAUAACACAAAGGCCAAACGAGUGCUUGGAUUGGAGUUUAAAAAUUGGAAGGACAGUGUUACAGAUUCUGUAAAGUUUUUGGAUGAAAAUGGGUUUAUUCUAAGCAAACUAUAA